AUGUCUACAAAUACAACAAUGUCAAUGUGUGAAAAUAACUCUGUGCUAGUUGACGAAACAGUGAAUUGUUUGGAGAACUCUUCAAACCAAACAAUCGAAGAGUUACUCACACGUGACCAGCGUGCAGUGAUUGUGACGUACUGGGUGCUGAUGACGCUGGGGGCAUUCUGCAACCUGGCCGUGCUGAUGAGUUUGACAAGAACUCGCCGCAGGAAGUCAAGAGUGGAUUUGUUAAUGACGCACUUGGCGAUAGCUGAUGUUUGGGUUACGUGUGGAGUUAUACCACUAGAGAUCGGCUGGAAGUAUACAAACGAGUGGCUGGUGGGCAACGCGCUCUGCAAAGUGCUGCUGGUCAUGCGGGCUUUCGGACUGUAUCUUUCUUCUAACGUCCUAGUCUGCAUUUCCAUUGAUAGGUUUUUCGCAGUGUUGUAUCCGUUAAAAAUGCGAGUGGCGCGCAAAAGCAGUCAACACAUGUUGUACUGCGCGUGGGCGAUGGCACUUGCGUGCAGUUUGCCUCAGAGCUUGGUGUUCCGAGUGAUGCAGCAUCCGCAAGUGGCCGGCUUCGAGCAGUGCGUAUCGUUCGGCGCGUUCUCGAGCGAGGCGCAGGAGAUAGCGUACAACGUGGCUUGUCUGAGCGCGAUGUACUUCGUGCCUCUGCUGAUUAUCUCCGUGUGUUACAUCUGCAUAUUCUGCAGGAUUCGACGCUGCAGCAACGAGCUCGAUGACAACUGCAUCCAUAAGAAGGAGAGCAUUUCUGGCGUCCGCUUGCGACGUUCCGACCACCGGCUGCUGGAGCGGGCGAAACGCCGCACGCUGCGUAUGACUGUCAUCAUCGUCACCGUGUUUGCUUUAUGUUGGCUGCCAUAUGCCAUCAUGACCAUGUGGUACAUGGUAGACCGCCGUUCAGCAUCACGCGUGUCACCGCAACUUCAGGACCUGUUGUUUGCGAUGGCAGUCUCCAACUCCUGCAUGAACCCCAUAGUGUACGGCUCCUACACGCUACGCUCCAAUGAAACCGUUCAGACGCUGCUGAAGAAAAUAUGCUGCUGGUCGACUUCUUCUGCAACUAACACAGGCAAUGCUGGAUUUACUACACAUGAAAAGAAAUUGCGUAAUAUCGACGACCCUGCAAUGAAAUUGAAUAAGUUCGUUAACCCGCGGACGCACUUGGGCGUGCGUUUCGCGGAGACGCCGCUAGUGGAGGCGCAGAGGGCGCGCGAGUCGCGUGCGGAGCGCGUGCCCGCCCGACGUCCGCCGCCGCGCCUGCGCUGCGCGCCGCACGAGCGCCAGCGCGCGCUCCUCCAGUGCCGAGCAGACAACUCGCCGCAUGUCUAG